AUGAAAUAUGCAUAUUCUUCCAAGGCAACAACCAAGUGUGAUGUCUACAGCUUUGGAGUCGUACUCAUGGAAUUAAUAACAGGGAAGAAGCCUGUGGAGGCAGAGUUUGGAGAGAACAAGAAUAUCAUAUAUUGGGUUUCAACCAAAGUGGAGACGAAAGAAGGAGCUAUAGAGGUCUUAGACAAGCAAGUGUCAGGGUUGUUCAGGGAUGAGAUGAUCAAGGUGCUCCGGAUUGCCAUCCGUUGCACAUGUGGCACCCCGGCCCUUCGCCCAACUAUGAGUGAAGUCGUUCAGUUGUUGAUUGAAGCAGAUCCCCGCAAAUUUGAUUAUUGCCAGUCGUCAAAUAAGACCGAGGAAACAGCAAACAUCACCAAGCCGAAGAACCCAUAUGAUCUGUGAUUAGAGGUGUUUUAUGGGGAUUAUGUAAAGUAGCAUAGGGUCUAUAGAACAGUACUGGCUCUCAAACUACUGAAAGACUAACCAAGAAAAGCAGUAUAUAGAGAAAAGCACUUUUUUUUUUCUCCUUUUUCUUUUUCUUUCUUGACAUAUUGUAAGCAUUUGAGGAAUUCAACCAAAUAAAACUGCUUUAUGGCAAAGCAUCUAUAAUUUUCAUU